AUGAUUAUUGAGAAAAGCAGAGCGCCGUCUGCGGGAGGCCCUGCCCACUCCUGUUUCCUGGUUGGAGGUCCUGCCCACUCUCGUGUCUCCUUGGGAGGCCCCUCCCACUCCUGUGUCUCUGUGAGAGGCCAUGCCAACUUCUGUUUCCUCAUUGGAGAGUUUAUUGAAGGCGUCUCCCAGUUCAGCAUCAAAGGUGAUAAGGAGCAGAAGUUGCGCUUUGCCUUCAGCAUCUACGACAUGGACAAAGACGGCUACAUCUCCAACGGGGACCUCUUCCAGGUCCUCAAGAUGAUGGUGGGCAACAACCUGAAGGACACCCAGCUCCAACAGAUCGUUGACAAAACCAUCGACGGCGACGGCAGGAUAUCCUUGGAGGAGUUCUGUGCGGUGGUGGGUGGAUUAGACAGUCACAAAAAGAUGGUGGUGGACGUGUGACAACACCUCCUGCUCUCGCUGCGUUUACUGAAGUUCUGCUUGAAGACGUCGUCCAGCUUAACACUCUGUUUGUUUUCAACAGAAGUAUUUUCUCUGUGAAAAAUCCCCCCCCUCUCCCUCCGUCCUCACCCAACAUUUACUGACAUGCAGUUGACUUACAGGUGAAAUCUAUGUCUUUCUUUUAGAGAUGUAACCGUAUUAUUGAAUGCAUUUAUCUUACUGGAGUGUUGCAUUAUUUACACUUGAAGAU